GCGUAUGCCUCGAAUACGGCCGCGCAGUGGAAAUGAAGACUUCCUAACAAGAAUCACUGGGGAAACAUGGACCAGAAACCAAUAUAUAGUUUUUAUUCAUACAUUUUUCAGCUUUGCCAUGAUCCAUGCAACAAGAAAAACGCUUGCCACAGUAAAACCUUCAAUUAUUCACACUUGGACCAGUAACUCGACAGGAACUCCAUUUAUGGAAUCCGAAGAACAUGCUACCAGAUUCCUAGGAGUUUUGGAUACAAGUUUCAUGAUAACUUAUGCAAUUGGUUUAUUCGUAAGCGGAACUCUUGGAGAUCAUUACAAUCCCAGAAAAAUGUUGAGUUUUGGAAUGGCAAUGUCUGCGAUUUCAGUUUUCUGUUUUGGUUUUCUAACAGAAAAAUAUCAUUUUUAUUCUGCACCCCUGUACAUUUUCCUAUGGAUUUGCAAUGGAUUCUCACAAUCUGUUGGAUGGCCAAUUGAAGUUGCAAUUAUGGGAAAUUGGUUUGGAAAAGACGCACGAGGUACUGUAAUGGGAAUAUGGUCCGCGUGUGGAAGUACUGGAAAUAUCAUUGGAACAUUGAUAGCUAGUCAUGCAUUGUCCCUAGGAUACGAGUACCCAUUCCUUAUAAUCUGUUCGUUGCUUCUUGGAUACAGUAUGAUUGUUUACUGGCAGUUACCUUCAGCUCCUUGGGAUAUAGAUCACAGCUUCCCACAUGAUUCGGAAAAUAAAGAAAAACAAGAGCUUCUUCCAAACAGACCUCCGGCUUUAGGAUUUUUCAAAACUUGGCUAAUUCCAGGAGUGAUCUCCUUUUCUCUGGCAUUUGCCUGCCUCAAAUUUGUAAACGACGGGUUUUUCUUCUGGCUGCCCUACUAUCUACAUGACGGUCUCAACUGGCCAGAGACAUUUGCAGAUGCUUUAUCGACAUGGUAUGAUGUAGGAGGAAUCCUUGCAUCAGUGGUAGCAGGAGCUGCAUCUGACAGAAUGAAAUCAAGAACCUCAUUAAUUUUCUACAUGCUCAUCGCGUCGUUUGUGUCGUUGUAUAUUUAUUCACAAUCCCCAGCUUCUUACUCUUGGAAUGCUUUCCUACUUCUUGUAACUGGAUUUUGUGUUGGCGGGCCACUUAACAUGAUAUCCAGUUCAGUAGUGGCAGAUCUUGGUAAAAGUGACAAGUUGAAAGGAAAUGCAGAAGCACUUGCGACAGUUACUGGAAUAAUUGAUGGAACAGGAAGUUGUGGAUCUGCGAUUGGACAAUUUAUGAUUCCAAACCUUCAACAUUGGUAUGGAUGGAACUCGGUGUUUUAUGGAUUUAUGGCUAUGAUGGCUUGUACAACUAUUUGCAUAACACCAGUUCUGAUCAAAGAAAAAAGAAAAAGACAUAAACUGAAAGCACGAGAAGAUAAAGCACUUUUGAACUCAGAUUCGGAUAGUAAUAGUGAUUCAGAAGAUGAUUUGCUCCUGAAUGAUCAAACAACUAGAAGGAAACAUCACGGAACAACAAAUUCAUUUAUUUAGAAUUUUAAACGGGUUUUCAACUAUUCUUUCAUAUCUUUUUGAAAAUAAAAUACAAUUUUGUGGAAUAA